UUCGAAAAUAUACACACUGCAAAAAUAUUUCUACAAAACGCAAUCUGAAAAGAGACGAGAGAGAGAAUAGUUUCGCCCGAGCGAAACGUCGCUGUUUUUCGCAGUGUGUGCAAUAAUUUUUUUAAAAAAUAGAAAAAUUAUCCUUAGAUCACCAUUAAACUGUAUAUAAAGUUUUCACAUCUCGAUUCGUAAAGGACAAAUAACUAUUGUCCCGAAAAAUUAAAACAAAAUUAUUGGUGGUAUCCGUCGUGUCGGUCAUUUUCUUGUUCUCGGGAAUAAAAGGCAAAAAGAAAAAAAAACCGAAAUAUUCGUCCUUCGCGUCAAAACUCGAUCAUAAAUGUUUUAGAAAAAAGAAAAGUAAAAUAUCUUCGUAUUCAUUAAAAAACACGAAAAAAAGGACUUACAAUGUCUUCAACUAGUGAGCAGAACAACAACUGUGAUGUGCAUUUGCAUGCAGAAAUCGAAGUACUGAAGCAGGCUCUCGUCGAGAAACAAUCCGAAUUAAUUGCCAUGGAGACAGCAUGCUUGCGGGAGUCCGACCGACAAGUUGAACUUGAAGAUAGUAUCAUAGCGUGGCAGGAUAAAUACGAUCGAUUGUAUGAGUCACACAAACGUGUGCAAAAGGUAAAUCAGACAUUGGAGGACAAGCUGCUGAAGCUGGUCGACCGGAACUCGGGGGAACGGGCGCAGUUGACCAGCGAUGUGGCCACGUUGAGCGUUCGACUAGCACAAGCCAACUACAACAUAGCAAAAUUGCAAAGGGAAAUCGAACGUUACAAAGCGGAUAUAAAUUUGGCCAUCCAACUACUGCAAUGCAAGCCGGACAGUUUUGUCCCUCAAAAAGUAUCCUCGCUUCCAAUCGAUAUCCAAUCGAAGGUUUCAUCGUACAUGAGACUAGAAACGAAUUCACAUUCCGAUUCAGAGGGCAGCACCAGCGGAGUCGGUGUUGCAACAUCGGGUUCCUACAAAGUACUUCCAGCCUCGGACUCACCACCUCCAGCAUGCCCCUUCCCGCCAACCGCAAUGGUAUACUCAAUGAGGGGUCUCGGUAAGUAUGCCAGCAACUCCAACAACAGCAAUACCAAUAGUUCUAACAACCUGAACAACAACAACAAUAAUGACAAUGUCAAUACUAAUAACUCUGAUCAAAUGAUUUCACCAUCAACUAUGGCCAAGUUUCUCGAAGACGAACUCAAAGCAAAUGAAGUCAAACAUUGUGAUACAUGCCAGUGUUCAACAAAAGAUCUAACCGUCUUGGCCGAUGUACAAAGGUCAUACGCAGUUGCCACACAAACACCCCUGCACGGCGAAACCAAUUCCUCAUUAUGUCUGCGCUGCAAUAGUAACUUGAAUUCGCCGUCAAGAACAAACAGUCCUUACAUCAUGAAACUAGUCAAGUCGAGCGAUUCUGUGAUAUCCGAAACCAAGAGUAGCGUUUCCGACCUAAAUGACUGCGACAAGCUCUUUACACCGGCCAAGCGUGACGAUCUAAUGGUAAACCCUAUAUUGGGCCACCAUCGAUUGUGCGAUCGAACAGCCAGUAAGUAUGCAAGCCUUUUGCAACAACAGCAGCAGCAUCAGCAGAAUCUUUAUACUGACACUGCCAAAUAUGUGUUGGAAAAUAAUCGGAAGUUCGCCGAGACUUGUGAUCUGAUCGAUCUGCGGAAAUAUAGUGAUAAAUCUCCUGGUAAGCAAGGGACAGUGGCGACGACUACGACGACGGUGGCGAAUACGACGACGACGGCAGUCAGUUGUGAUAUUAGUAAAACGGCAACGUGUGGCACUGCCACCAAGGAGCAGGCUCCGACGUUAAGCAGGAAAAUUGAGACUCCUGAUGAGAUGAGACUUAGUAGCAGUAGUGGAAAUGUACAGGGUAAACUCUUAGAGACUAGCGAUGAGAUGGAGAAGAAGAAUGAUGAUACGGACAAGAGCAAUCUGCGAUCAGGCAUGUCAGGUAGUAUGAACAGUGUUUGGAGCAAGACGAGCAGCUGUGAAGGAGCGAAAAUGUUUGAGAACUUCAACAGAAAUCUUAUUAAGACUAUAAAGGCUGAAAAUCCCAAAUACCGUGGUCCUCGUUUGUGUGCCAUGCGUAUCCAACAAAAUGGCCAAAGCAACAUUCUCCUCGACAACAUGGAAUCCCCAGCCGAAGCAACGCCAAUAAUCUACACUCGACGGCAACGUUUCCUCGACGAAGAGCUCGACGACACAAAGGAUAUAAUCACAUCCAAGAUAUCAAUGGUGAUGACAAAUCAAACACAAGUAGACGUUGUAGUCACAAGCAACGGUAAUGCAUCAACCGAAGCUGCCACCACGAUCGCCAAGCGGAUGAGCAAUGACAAGCUACAGCAAAGCUGUGAGCUUAUCAAUUCCUCAUCUGAAAAUAAUAUUAAUUGUAAAAUGGACCUUAGCAGUAGCAACAAUAAUUUAAGCAUAGACCUAAUUAACGAUACCACACCGCUGUUAAGCGUUACCCAUAGCAAUAAUAAUAAUCCGCAGCCAUCACAAUCACAGCAACCACAGCAGUUAAUGUCACCUUCGGAAGUCAACAUUGACCGACAACUAACCAAUAGUUAUUUGGAACAGCAAUUUAAGAAUCUCGUGACUACGGAACAGCAGCAGCAACUACUCAAGGCCUCGCUCAACUAUGACAUGCUGCAUCUAAACGACACAAAUAAUUGCAAGGCGUCUGUCAAUUCGAAAUCUUGCACCCAAUCGAGCUCGAUAAGUGAUGCCAUUGAUCUGCAGGAGAGUGUGCUUCUGCGACGCCAGCAGCUGAACCGGGUUGCCGAAUGGGUGCAACAUAAUUCCCAGUUGGAACAGCAACAACCGAUUAACGAUCACAGUGAGACAUACGCUUCCAUGGAGAAGCUCUCAAUGGAUUCUGGAUACAAAACAGUCCACCAGCAACCACAAGCAUCACAGCCACAAAACCACCAUCAGCAGGAACCAUUAAAUAUGCCACUGGCCAUCAGCAGCAAGAUAACACCAAGUGCCACAAGUACCUUUCAAUCUGAGGAGAACCCCAAGCACGGUUACCGGCAUUUAGAUAACUUCCAGACACCAGAAUCUAAGCUCCAUUAUAUAAAUGGCAAUGACAAUGGCAAUGGGAACGGAAGUGGUAAUGGAAAUGGUAACCAGCAGCAAUCACUUCAUGAAGUCGUUUAUAAUUACAAAUACGCCAAAGAUCCUGAAAAUAACUCAAAUAAGCCUGUCGACAUUGCUCAAAUGGAAUACAAUGUUAAGCAAUUCCUAUUAAAACAGAACGAAUGGUCGAUGCGCAGUACGAAAAACCACUCGACUGCGACAUCUUCUAAUUUCAGUAACACUCCAAGUCAAACACCAAAAAUGCCAGGUAGCGCCAUUCCAGUUAUGACAAAUGGUGAAUUAACAAGAUACAGGCACCAGCAACAACAACAACAACAACAGCAGCAGCAAGCAAUGCGUAUGGCACCACAUCGGACUGAAACAAAUUUGUAAAUGUCUUAAUAAACAUACAAAAUUUUAAGUUUACUUUUUACUUUUAUUUUUUGUUUUUAAUUUUUAAAUGACGUCCCUAAAUUGAAGUUUUGUAUAUAAGGACUUCUCUUAAAUGCGCUUUAUUUAAAAAAAGAAAAAUGAAGAAGCUUUUGCAUUGAUGUCGAUUAACGUCCUUUUACUCCUCGUCUAUUUGAGGAUUAAUAAUUCAAAAAUGGUACAGGAGUGGAGUUCAAAAUAAUUUUAACAAUUUUUUUUAAUGUAACAUGUUCUUUCAUUUUGUAACGAUUUAAAAAAAUUGAAAUAAGAGUCAGAGUCAAGAACCAACCUUUAAAUUUAAUUUAUAGUGGCAACGUCUCGCGAUAUUCAUCCACAGCAUGUGAUUCUUUUGACGUAUUUUUAAAAAUCUUUGCAAAAGCGGCCUUUUGUGUAGCCUCUCAGCAAAAUUUAACGGUGUGAAUUUAAGCUACCGUGAAACUUGGGAUGCAAUAUCGUCAAAAUCAUGAUUUUUAAUGGACUUCAAACAAUUAGAUCCGUAAAAUCUUCAGAAACACUUGAAGUAGCAAUACUUUCAACUGAGUGUGUAUAAGAAUGUUACAUAUUGCACAGGCCUUGCAACAUCAGUUACACUUAAACUCAUAAUAAUAAUAAUUCUUCACAACUUUACCGAUUGUUUGCGUAAACAUUGAGUAAGGUCAGAAAAGUGGCUAAUUUUCAUUAUCGUAAAUGGCAAACAUUUAACAAAUUUUACUACAAUUUGUAUGACAGCUAAGCUUAAGAGGUAUCAAAAAGGAGGUGUAGCCACGAAACGAAUGACCUCCCCUCACUAUUUUUAAAAAGCUUCUAAAACUUUUAACUUUAGAAAAAAAUAUUUAAAAAUAAAAAACCUUCAACUUCUCUGUGAAAAAAUUAAAUAAAUUAUUAUGCGUAAAAUCAAUGAAAUAUUAAUUUUUAAAACAAUUCUGAAAUGAUUGAUAUCUUAAAAAAAACAUUGCAAUCAGUUUCACUUCAACUCAUAUUAAAAUUCUUCACAAAUUUUACCGAUUUUUUGCGUAUCUUUGGUCGAAUAUGACGACCGUAAACAUUGAGUAAGGUCUGAAAAGUGGCUAAUUUUAAUUAUCGUAAAUUGCAAACAUUUAACAAAUUUUAUUACAGUCACGAAACGAAUAACCUCCGUUCACUGUUUUUAAAAAGCUUCUAAAACUUUUAACUUCAGAAAAAAAUAUUUAAAAAUAAAAAAACCUUCACAUUCAAAAAAUUAAAUAAAUUAUUAUGCGUAAAAUCAAUGAAAUAUUAAUUUAUUAAUUUUUAAAACAAUUCUGAAAUGAUUUUUUGAAAAUGAUUGAUAUCUUGAAAAACAUUGACUAAUAUUUAGUAAUUUAAAUAAUGACGUAUUUUCGGAGUUCAAGCAGUCCAAACCACCAUCGAACUCUUUGAAAUUGAUGAAUAUUUUUCGAAAUUAAAAAAUAAAUAUUUAGACUGACAUUUUCGUUUAAAACCAAAAAUCAUAUAAAAUAUCAUAAUUCUGCCUAAAACUGCCCAUCAAUAAAUUUAUGUUUCAAACAAAAAAAUAUUUCUUUUUCUUAAACAUUUAUUUAAAGUGAUGAUUGAUAAUUAUUUUUUAACAGCUCAAAAAUAUAUUUAAAAUAUUCAUUGACAACUUAUAGUCAAUAAAACAACUCUUAUUUAUUUCAAAACUCCUUAAACCUUGCAACAUGGUUUAGGAUAAUUUAUUUACCUUUAAUCCACCACCACAUACCUGAUAAAAAAAGAUAUUCAUAUCGAAAAACAAA